AUGCAACGCACGCAACGGAUCCUCUAAGACAACAGGACCUAAAGCUCUACUGAAUUAAACUGACAUUACAGACAAGAUUAUUUAAUUCCGAGGACGCCGGUUCAACUCUAGUUUUCCAAGUAAACGGAGUUCGACAGCAAGUCUUAGAGGAAUAAAGCAGUACUUCUCAUCCAUUGUCCAGGUCGGGAAAAAGCGACGCCCUCAGGCCGCCGGUGGUACUGCGGGUGCCGGUGAGUUGUGAGACAGUGAAAGUCUGAAUAAUUUAACGGCGGAAAAUGAGCUCCAAGGAGGCGGCAGCUCCACCGAAACAGGGCACAGAUGACGAUGGCAUGUCCUGGUGGUACCGGUGGAUCUGUAAAUUGGCUGGUGUCCUGGGAGGUAUAUCAUGUGCAACGAUGGGAGUUUGGAACUGCGUGACGGUGAAUCCAUUAAACAUCGCGGCUGGAGUUUGGAUGGUGUUGACAGCGUGUGUAUUGUUCCUGUGUGAGGUGCCGUUCUGUUGUCAGUUUGUGGAGUUUGCUAAUGUGAUCGCGGCGCGUGCGGACCGACUGAAGCCGUGGCAGAAAGCCCUGUUUUACUGCGGGAUGGCGCUGUUUCCUAUCUUUUUGAGGUUUUCGAUCACAACUUUAUUUGGGAAUGCCAUUGCGUUUGCUACAGGAGUGCUGUACGGACUCGCAUCUCUUGGAAAGAAAGGUGAUGCAGUGAGCUACGCUCGAUUACAGCACCACAAACAGAGCGAUGAAGAGAAACUUACAGGAACAACUGAUGGAUCAGUGCCGUGAAUCUCCCAUCUUCACCUCCCCUCCUCCUUUACUCCUCUACUUCCAUUCCACCCUCUCUCUCUUUGUCUCUCUGCGUGACAAGGUGCAUUACCUGACUAAAGUGUCUCCUCACUGUUUGUUGGGUAAAGAUCUUAGUGUAGAUGUCUUAAUUUGAAACAAAUGCAAACAAGGCUGUGAGGUAUACAAGUAUAGACUGAUCAUUGUGUACUUUGAUGUUGAACAUUCAGCUGAUUAAACCUUAAAAAUAAAAAAAUUUUCCCGAAGAAAUCUGGAGAACAUCGUAGAAAUUUUACAAUGCAUUUGUGUAACUAGUACAAAUUAGAUAUGACUGAAGACGUUAAGACAGCACAACCUACUUGUCUAUUGUUCACAGCCUUGUUUUCAUUUGCGUUAAAUAUGCCGUCUAUCCUGUCUAACGUCCAUACAUAUGCUAACCUUUGACCUCUGAGAGAGCCAGUUCUCUAGUUAAUUUAUGUGAAAAUUAUUUUAAACAAUGGGUUAUAAUUUAAAAGUUUUAUGUUCUCAUUUUUACAUUUAUUAAAUCUUAUUUUUGCCUCACUUUAUAAAAACUUUAAUUGGUCGACCUUAGGUAUCUUUGUACACCUGUGUGAUGAAGCUUAACAAUGUUUUUCUUUGUUUACGUUUCAUUUACGAAUCCCAGAGAUGGAGAGGUUUUAAUACAUUAGCUUAAACUAUUGUCUCCAGCCUCGUUGCUUCUAUCAAACGACCGCAGCACCAGCGCAAGUAUUUGGAAGUUUGGCCAUUGGGAUUUUUCCCAGAACUAUUUUGUUACAUAGAUGAGGCAUUUGUGAAAUGUAAAUUGUUUCAGAUGAUGAACAAAGAUAAAAAAAUGUAAGUAUGCAAAAUGUGUUUCAAUGAUUACAGGUGUGUUAAAGUCACUGCAGGGAUAAAAACAAAGUGUUUGUGUGCCUCUGUUAACUUAAUCUUAACUCAGAAACAGUUUUCUGCAGCAUGUUUUGUGUACUGAAGAAAUGGUGGAAUGUAAUUUUGCUACGCUGCUCCAAAAGCUCGCUGUCACUUUCAUUUAAUAUGUGGCUUUAAUAAGUGGUUACUGGUUGUUUCAUUAUAAGCUUGUUUGUGUAAUUGUUAUUCUGAAAGAAGUUGAAAGAGUUGAUUUUAAAGUGUUUCCUCUAGUUUACUUUCCAUCUUCAGGACCGUGUGUGCGUUUCUGCAGUCUUAAAGGGAUAGUUCACCCCAAAAUGAAAAUUCUGUCAUUAUUUGCUCACCCCCAUGCCAUCCCAGAUGUACAGUAUAUGACUUUUUUCUU